AUGGCUCCUACAAAUACAAAAGACUCUGACACUCCUGGCUGGCUACACCGACAUGGCACGAGUGUGCUAGGCUCAGUGGCUAGACAGGCGUGUAAGCAACCGAUCUACACCUUGGUCAUCACUGCUCUACUAGCCACCAUGACAUACACGAGUUUGCUGGAAGGGAGUUUAUACAAUGCCAAUCUUACACGGCUUUCGAAUAGUCACCUCAACCAGCUUGAUGUUACAGACUUUCUUCAGGGGAGCCGUAGCCUUCGCCUUGGAAAGGCCACCGCCUGGCAAUGGGAGACUGACGAUGAGUCGAUGAGCGACCAAGAGGUGAGACCUUCAUUCUUCUUGGACCCAGUUGCAUCGCAUUUGGCUUUGAUCACGCUCGUGUUUCCCACAUCCGAAAACAACCCAGGAAUUUCUGCCGUCCAGGAGAGUAUUAUUUCCGACUUGGCCGCUGCACAACUCGUCUCUCGAACACCUAGUGUCUUAUCUUCUACCUUCAGGGAAACUUCAAUCACUCUUUCUGUGCCUUAUAAUAACUUAGAGGAAGUUCUGCGCAAAACUCAGAACUUUCCGCAGCCGGAGGCUGAGCACUCGUGGACUUUGAAAAACGCUGGAAAAUGCAAUUCUGGUCCGAAGCUCAGGCUCUGGCUGAUAGACGUCUUGGCUUCUUUUGUCGGUUUGAUCAAGCAUGCGCAAAUUAUCGAUAUCAUCAUCAUGUUGUUGGCAUACUUGGCGAUGCACCUCACUUUCCUAUCACUCUUUAUGUCAAUGCGCCAGCUCGGGUCCCGUUUCUGGUUGGCCUAUUCAGUGCUCCUCUCUGGUUUCUUCUCCUUGUUCUUCGGACUAAAGGUCACUACUAGCAGUGGUGUAUCUACCUCCAUGAUCACUCUUUCUGAAUGCCUGCCAAUAUUGGUAAUCAUUGUGGGAUUUGAGAAACCCAUCCGUUUAACGAGAGCCGUCCUGCGUGCUGCGACCGAAUCCUACCUUCCUGCAAAACCAAUGGCCCGUCGGUCCACACCCGAAGCCAUUGAGGUGGCCAUCAUGCGCGAGGGAUGGCGUAUCGUGCGUGACUACGCUAUUGAAAUUGCUAUCCUGGCGGCAGGCGCAACUUCAAGGGUACAAGGGGCUCUCCCUCAGUUUUGCUUUCUUGCGGCCUGGAUCCUCCUCUUUGACAGCUUGCUCCUAUUUACCUUCUACAUCAGUGUGCUCUGUGUGAAACUGGAAAUCACGCGCAUCAGGAAGCAUGUCGAGCCGCGUAGGGCUCUGGAAGACGAUGACAUAAGCACUGGUAACCAGGAUUUUGACUCCCGUGUCUUUGGCUGCAAGGUCAAGGCGGCAAAUAUAUCUCGGUUCAAAUUUCUUAUGGUUGGCGGCUUCGUGCUUUUCAAUGUGCUUCAGCUUUCGUCCCUAACUUACGGCAAUGUCAGGGUUUCUGACUGGAUGCCGUACCUGUCGAACCUUUCCAACACUCUGAUGCCUGCCCCAAUCAACCCAUACCGAGUCGCACGCAAUGGUUUGGACGAUAUAUACGUGGCUUCCCGUGCAAAUAACAUUGAAACGCGCGUUACAGUGUUGCCGCCGAUCAAAUACGUCCUGCAGUCUCAGAGUAGGCAUUGUCGGGAUAACUUUGCUGGCCCGCUCUGCGAUACAUUACGCGGUCGUACUCUUGGGUGCGUGCUGGCAUGGCUAGAGGAUCCAGUCAUCAGCAAAUGGGUGAUUGCUGCGCUCUUCCUAAGCCUUGUACUGAACAGUUAUCUAAUGAAGGCAGCUCGCUGGAAUCUACGCCAGAGCGAGGUAAUUCCAGACAGCUCUGCAACCGUGAGCCAGACAAAGGACUCUUCCAAUAAACUCGCAGAAAAGCGAACAGUAGAUGCAAUGCUACAAGAAGGACGAGUAUCGCUAUUGGAAGAUGAGGAGAUAGUCAAUCUAUGCCUCCGCGGCAAAAUUUCUGCUCAUGCCCUGGAGAAGACGAUGGAACGCCAUCCGACGAUGAGCCGCUUGGAAGCCUUUACCAGAGCUGUCAAGAUCCGGCGCACAGUUGUGUCGCGUACACCGUCAACGAUUGAUGUUUCAAGUAGCCUAGAGUAUUCCAAAGCUCCCUUUGAGAACUAUGACUAUACCUUAGUCCAUGGGGCCUGCUGUGAGAAUAUCAUUGGGUAUCUGCCAUUACCAGUAGGUGCGGCUGGACCCCUGGUAAUAGAUGGUCGGAACUAUUUUAUUCCAAUGGCAACUACUGAGGGAGUACUAGUUGCCAGCGCGAGUCGGGGCUGCAAAGCAAUUAAUGCUGGGGGCGGUGCUGUGACCGUCAUCAAUGCCGACGGCAUGACCCGAGGGCCAUGUCUUGCAUUCUCAUCCGUAUCUCGCGCAGCAGAAGCCAAACAAUGGAUUGAUUCAGACGAAGGAAAGAAGAUACUGGCCACGGCGUUCAACUCCACCAGUCGAUUUGCCCGCCUGCAGGGCUUGAAAUCAGCGCAAGCUGGCACGUACCUCUAUGUCCGAUUCAAAUCGACAACUGGGGACGCAAUGGGGAUGAACAUGAUUUCGAAAGGAGUUGAAAAAGCCCUUGAAGUCAUGAAGGGGCAUGGAUUUUCAGACAUGUCAACUAUUUCAGUGACAGGCAACUACUGCGUCGACAAGAAACCAGCCGCGAUCAACUGGAUUGAUGGACGGGGCAAAUCAGUAGUCGCUGAGGCUUUGAUCCCAGCUGAUGCGGUGCGCUCCGUGCUCAAGACAGACGUGGAUGCACUUGUUGAACUCAACACUGCUAAGAACUUGGUCGGCAGCGCCAUGGCUGGCUCUAUUGGCGGCUUCAAUGUCCAUGCAUCCAAUCUGGUGGCGGCAGUCCUUCUAGCUACGGGCCAAGAUCCAGCGCAGAAUGUCGAAAGCAGCAGCUGCAUUACCAUUAUGAAGAAUGUCAACAAUAACCUGCACAUCUCGGUAUCAAUGCCAUGCAUUGAAGUUGGAACAAUCGGCGGCGGAACCAUCCUUGAACCGCAAGCCGCCAUGCUUGAUCUGCUGGGUGUUCGAGGUGCACAUGCCACCAAUCCUGGAGAUAAUGCCCGCCAGCUCGCCCGCAUUGUCGCUGCCGCCGUGCUGGCAGGCGAAUUAAGCACGUGUGCUGCUUUGGCGGCGGGCCAUUUAGUCAGUGCUCAUAUGGCACAUAAUCGCAGUAAAGUGGCGGCGAAGACUGGAUGA